AGGUGCAGCUCCGUUUGAAUAAUAGCAACCACCUGCUCCACUGGGCCCCGGUUGAGGAAAUCCGAUAUGCGUCUGUUUGCUACUAGUAGGGCGCUUCGCCUGGGGAGCGGAAGAUGGUCAAUUGCUUCGGUUCGCGGCAGCAUCCGCAUUCCAAUUACCUCCAGCGCCGAACCUCGAGCUUUCGGCCAGAGAGAUUGGAGCUCUACAGCUUCUCUCAGGACCCGUGACACAUCCGACAAGUCCGAAAAGCCAGGUGCUCGCCUACCCUCCCUGAAACAAUUGACUGUUGAGGGCAAGACCUAUCCUACCGAUCAAUGGACGAACACUCCCGACACGAUUCUCUCCCAUAUCGAUCGCCGGCUCUACCUCGAUGAGAACCACCCUCUCGCCAUUACACGCAAAUUGAUCGAAAGCCAGUUCCCGAAUCCCGUCUUCGGCAACUACUCUGAGCGGAACCCCAUCGUGUCGACAACCCAGAAUUUUGAUGUCCUUGGUUUCCCUGCGGAUCAUCCUGGCCGGAGCCGGACCGACACCUACUACCUGAAUGACAAGACUGUGCUACGGACGCAUACGAGUGCCCACCAACAGGCCUAUUUCCAGCAGAUCAACCGUAAUGAGGCUGCUCGCCCAGAGGAAGUUGGGUAUACUGUGGUCGCUGAUGUGUAUCGAAGAGACGCAAUCGAUCGCAGCCACUAUCCGGUGUUCCACCAGAUGGAAGGUGCGAUGUUGUGGAAGCGCCCCAGCCAGGAUCCUUUGAAGUCCUCGAGUCAGACCGCCGCUGCGAUAAUGGAAGAUGUCCGAAAAAUUCCCGUCCAUAAUGUUCCGGUUGAGGACCCGAAUCCUGCCAUUCAUCCCGAGCGCAACCCCUUGCAGGCUGAGUACCAUAGUGCGGAGGAGGUGGAAGCCGUUGGGGCACAUCUCAAGCGGUCUUUAGAGCGAAUGGUAAUUAAGGUCUUUACCGAGGCUAGCAAGGCGGCUGCCGCUUCUGCGGGUGUCGAGCCAGAGCCCCUUAAAGUGAGGUGGGUUGAAGCGUACUUCCCUUUCACCAGUCCAUCCUGGGAGCUGGAGGUCUUCUGGCAGGGUGACUGGCUGGAGAUCUUGGGCUGUGGAGUUGUUAAGCAAGAGCUCUUGAUCAACUCGGACGUGCCUCAUCGCAUGGGAUGGGCCUUUGGGCUCGGCCUGGAGCGCAUUGCUAUGCUUCUAUUCAAUAUCCCUGAUAUUCGUUUAUUCUGGUCCCGCGACGAGCGCUUCCUCUCCCAGUUCAAAGCGGGUCAGAUCACCCGCUUCGAGCCCUUCUCCAAGCACCCUGCGUGCUACAAGGAUGUAGCGUUCUGGCUCCCAUCUGCAACUGCUAGCGGGGGAAGUGCUGCCGGUGGUGCGAUGCCCGUCCACGAGAAUGACAUCAUGGAGAUCGUGCGUGGCAUUGGCGGUGAUCUAGUGGAAGACGUCCGGCUUAUCGAUGAGUUCACGCACCCGAAGACUGGCCGCCAGAGCAUGUGCUACCGGAUCAACUACCGCAGUCUGGAGCGUACAUUGACGAACGAAGAGACAAAUGGUCUGCAUGACGGGGUACGGGAGAAGCUCGUCAGCCAACUGGGGGUUGAGCUGCGUUGAGGCUACCAGAUAUGUUACAGUGUACAUAAGAACAUGUUGUAUAAUACGUUUUGUAACAGAAUUGUAUCAUCACUCUCAACUUUUGA